CCCCCUUGACCCCUCCAUAACGUCACAAUUCAACAUGCUCGACUUUGAUUUCAACGCACGCGAUCACGAGUUAACAUAGGCAACGGCCUAUAUAUACAUAUAUACAUGUUCUCGAAUUCUUCUAAGGUUAUAGACCAAUUGAAUUAUUGAUUCACGUUGUUUCGUUUCAAUAAUACAACCGAAUUUACCUACAGACCAUGUCAACCUCCAAUCGCGACCCGUCCGUAACUUCGGAGCCCGAACAAGUCGAGCCGGUAGACGAAGCCUCGAACCUUUACUCCCUUUCCCGUGCCGUACGUGCAAGAAAGGCCGAAUAUGUCAGACCCCAUCGCAUACGAAUCAAGAUUGGAUCAUGGAAUGUUGCUGGUUGUCCGGGCACGGACAAGGACCUAGCAAGUUGGUUCGUCGAUGGUAAAGGGGCCGAGCCACAACUAGAUGCGAAGUUGGCACGGAUGAAGUUGUCAGAGAGCAACGGAACUAUACAAGCAGACAUAGGCGAAGACGCGAGAUCACAAACGAGCGCGGGACCUACAAUCAGCUCGGAAGGUCAGGUAGAUCUCAACAGUUCGGAAGGUGGAGCAGAGGAGCCCAAUGUAAGGCUGUUAGGUGGUGAUAAGAUAGGACUAUACGUUCUAGGACUUCAAGAGAUUGUCAACUUGAAUAUUGUUACCCAGACUUUCUAUUCCGAUCCAGACGCCAUUGCGAAAUGGCAAGACGCACUCGAAGCCGCCCUACCGAGGGGCUAUUCUCUCAUUGCUAGCGAACAGCUUGUCGGACUUCUCUUACUUAUAUACGCCUCCCCUGAAGUAGCCGAGACCAUAUCAAACGAGUCAACUGUUAGUGUUGGAACUGGGAUAUCGGGUUUGCUAGGAUAUUGGGGAAAUAAAGGGGCGGUAUCAUCUCGCAUUCUCCUAGGCGAAACUACUCGUCUUGUCUUCACGAAUUCUCAUCUCGCUUCCGGACACGAUCAGACUAGUCUCGAAAGAAGGUGUUGGGAUUAUAAUAGGAUCAUGACCCAGACCAAAUUCGCACCUAUGAAUUUCGGAGGCGUGUCCGAGGAUGAAGGAGAGAAAAUAGGCGACGAAGAUUUCGCAUUUUGGUUUGGCGAUCUUAACUUUCGUCUUGACGAUUUGCCUGGAGAAGAUAUUCGUCGGUUACUAAUGCUACAUAGUCGUGGCGAGUACGACAUUAGUAAGAAACAUACUGGGGAAAUAUUGGGUGACGACGGCGUGAUAGUGUUACGUAAUAACGACGAAGAUGAUGAUGGCUCAAAUACGCCCGGCAUGAUAUCUCGCGAAGCGUCUUUCGAUAAAGACUCUAGCGAUGAUAGUACCGAUCUCCCAGAUCCCGACGACUUUAUCCCCGACCCAAGCGAUGAUCCAGCGUCUCUGCAGGCGACCCUUGAUUCCCUGCUCCCACACGACCAACUCAAACGUAUGAUUAAGGAGCGAAAGGCAUUCCAUGAAGGAUGGCACGAAGGACCUAUAAAAUUCUUACCAACAUACAAGUAUGAUGUUGGUACGGUAGGACUAUUCGACUCUUCAGAAAAGCAACGAGCUCCGAGUUGGUGCGAUCGCAUCUUGUAUCGGACACGUACGGAUGUCAAUCAACAUGACAAGAAAAUUAAAGAUGAGAUUGAAGCGAAGAAGAAAGAUGAAGAUAUGAAAAAGAGAGGCAUCGACCAGGCCGCGGAUGACGAAAGUGUUUUAUUUGACUACGAUCCUACUACAGAUUCAAGCGCCGAUAACAUACCGUACGGAGACUCUACUUCUUAUGAUUAUGACGAAUACGACGAAGCAGGUGACGACCCAGAGCAGGUUGUCACGAAAGAAGGGUUUGUCGAUAAGAUUACUUUGGAUACAUACACGAGCCAUCAACGGAUUAUGUCAUCAGACCAUAAACCUCUGGUGGCUAUGUUUACGUUGGAUUAUGACGCUGUUGUCCCCGAAUUAAAGGCCAGAGUUCACGCCGAAGUAGCAAGGGAACUCGAUCGCGCCGAAAACGAAGGACGACCGGGAAUUACCGUCAUUGUUGAUGGGAAAGACUCAAUUAACAAGGACAAUAAGAACGUUGCUGAUGGAAGCGAAGGAGUAGAUUUUGGGAACGUCGGGUUCCUGCGGAGAGAAACCCGAUAUUUGACUCUUGCGAAUACGAGUCGCGUUCCCGCUAAAUUCCAUUUCUUGGAAAAUCCGAGUACAAGGGACGAUACACCAAAACGUCCUAAAUGGCUAGAGUUCAAAUUCGUUCACUCACAACCCGAUGACGAAGAGGCACAAGACGUACUAGGCGAUGAAAUUACCCUGGAACCAGGAGAGACAGUAAAUGCUGUCAUAGAAGCAUACGUUCAUGAACUUUCUCAUGUACGGGCACUAAAUGAAGAAACUGCGCAAUUGGAGGAUGUUUUAAUCUUACGCGUUAUUGAUGGAAGAGAUCACUUCGUUCCAAUUAAGGCCACAUGGAUACCUACCUCUUUCGGUCGCUCGCUUGAAGAACUCAUCCGAGUCCCGCGCGAAGGUGGCAUUCGAGCGUUGUUGGAGAAACGACAAAAAGGAGGGUCGAUACCUUACACCUUAGAAGUGCAUAAGUCAUCGCCAAACGAACUUUUCAAACUAACCGAAGCCGUGGUGACUCUAAUGGAAAGAGUGAUAGCUGAUGAAAACAUGAUAGAAGAGGUUAAAGUGCCACGGGACAAGCCUGGUUGGCCUUUUGACAGUGGAUCGUGGCAGACAACCAACGCUGGAGAUCAUAAUGAACUACGGGUAGCGAUUGUUGAAGCCUUAGAUGAGGACCAACCCGUUUUGGAUACCAUCAAAGCAGACGUACCUACAUUAAAGCGACUAGAGAUCGUGAGCGAGGUGCUUUUACUAUUCCUUCGCAGCAUGCCAGAUGGAAUUAUUACCGCGACCUUGUGGGCCAAAAUCGAGCAAGGCAUACCAAACAUUGGGGCUGGCAAGACGCCUGCGGAAGCCGAAAAGGCCAAGUCUGAUAUCCUCGAUAUACUAUCAACAGCACCGAACUACCAUAUCUCGUUCGUAUUCCUCAUGUACAUGUUGACGCGAGUCGCCAACGAACUGGUGCCUCUUAACCAGGACGAAUUCGAAGUCUUUAAUACUCGAAAAUCGAGUCCUGCAGCUUCGAUAGGGAAACGUGGUAUAAGCUUUCGUCGGAAUACGGGAAGCGCUGCGGUUGAUGAAGUUGCGAUACAGCGAAGGUUGGCUUGGGAGCGGAAAGCUGCUGAGAUUUUUGGCGUCGCGAUUUGUCGGGCGCCAGUACCCGCAAAUCCGAAGGAGAAGAAAGCUGUUGAGGAUAAGAUGAGGGGUAUCGUUGAAGUGUCCUUGCGUAAAGAUGGGGUGUAAUAAGGCGUUCUGAAUAGGGGGGGGUGGGGGUUAUGUAAUCAACUCUAGGGGGAGAGGCUUAGGUAAUUACCUACAUAAACAAGUCUAACACGGCUUAUAUAAUGGAUUCAAAUAUUCU